CUGAGGUUACGCACUGUGACGCUCAUCAAUCCCGGCAGGCGCACUGGGGAGCGUCCCGGAAUUAACGGAGGAGAAAGAAAGAGAGAGACAACGAUAAUUUCCCAAAACAAACAGCUUCAGCUUCCCGCCGGACUGCAACAGCUGACAGCGGCCGGCCGGAGCUCCGAGUGGCCGGAGGAAGGGGACUGCUCUCCCGCAAAAAGCGCCCGUCUUCACAGAUGUGGGGUCUCUCCAUCGAUGGCCUCCUCCAGGUGACCUCAGUCACUCCUGACUGCAGCUUUAAACUCCUGAUCCACCAGAAGACGUCUGCAAGAUGCAGUGUGAGGAGGGGACAGAGUGGCUGCUGGAGUUGCUGACAGAUGUGCAGUUGCAGCAGUACUUCCUGCGGCUCCGUGAUGAGCUCAACGUCACGCGGCUCUCGCACUUCGACUACGUCAAGAAUGAAGACCUGGAGAAGAUCGGCAUGGGACGCCCGGGUCAGAGGAGGCUUUGGGAGGCAGUCAAGAGGAGGAGAGCCCUUUAUAAACGCAAGUCCUGGAUGAGCAAGGUGUUUCCAGUUAAACGACCCGACGCAGACGCCCAAGGGGCAUCACCCCUUCCUCAGGGGGCAUCGUCGAGCGCGCCACCAGCCACUAGCGAGGCGGGUGCGUCACUCACCUGCCUGAUCAGAGAGUCGGAGCUGCAGCUGUUCGAGCGGCUCGGUGACGGCACGUUCGGUGUGGUGCGGAGAGGAGAGUGGACCGGACCCAACGGCGGAGUGCUGUCAGUGGCUGUGAAGUGUCUGAAGGCAAGCGUGUUAGACUCAGACGGUCUGGACGAUUUCAUCAGAGAGGUGAAUGCCAUGCAUUCACUGAGCCACCAGAACCUCAUCCGCCUGUACGGCAUCGUCCUCACACAGCCCAUGAAGAUGGUGGUUGAACUGGCCCCUCUGGGUUCCCUGUUGGAUCGUCUGAGAAAGCGUCAGGGUCACAUCCUCAUCUCCUCUCUGUGUAACUACGCUGUGCAGGUGGCGUGUGGCAUGGCCUACCUGGAGCAGAAGCGUUUCCUUCACAGGGAUCUGGCUGCCCGCAACGUGCUGCUGUCCACCAAUGACACGGUGAAGAUCGGAGACUUUGGCCUGAUGAGGGCGCUGCCAACACACACCGACCAGUACAUCAUGGAAGAGGGCCACAAAAUCCCUUUCCCAUGGUGUGCUCCGGAGUCUCUGAAGUCUCGUACUUUCUCUCACGCGUCUGAUACCUGGAUGUUUGGGGUCACUCUGUGGGAGAUGUUCACCCACGGACAGGAGCCGUGGCUGGGCCUUAAUGGGAGUCAGAUCCUCCACAAGGUUGACGUGGAGGCCGAGAGGUUGUGCAAACCAGACGACUGUCCUCAGGAUAUUUAUAACGUCAUGCUGCAGUGCUGGAGCCCCAAACCUGAGGACAGACCGACCUUCGUCGCCCUCAGAGACUUCCUGCUCGAGACUAUGCCUACAGAUAUGAGAGCGCUGCAGGACUUUGAGGAGGAAGACAAGCUCCAGAUCAAAAUGAACGACGUCAUCACCAUCAUAGAGGGAAGGGCAGAGCACUACUGGUGGCGAGGUCAGAACAGGGGGACGCUGCGUGUGGGUCAGUUUCCUCGACACGUGGUGACGUCGGUCGCCGGUCUGUCUGCCCACGACAUCAGCCGACCGCUCAAACACUCCUUUAUCCACACUGGACACGGAGACACAGACCCUCACAGAAGCUGGGGACAUGCAGAUCGUAUAGACAGUCUGUAUUUGGGGAACCCCAUGGACCCUCCUGAUGUCCUUGGAAUGGACUCGGGCAUUGCAAGGCCGACCAAACUCCCUAACCGUGCCAAGAAGCAACCUCCUCCUCGUCCACCCCAACCUGCCGUUCUGCUGAAGAAGCCGUUCUACGACUCCGUGAUGGACGAUUACGACGACGAUGACGACACCAGCGCCUCGUCUGGGCUGAAGAGGCUAGGAGUGUCCCUGGGUCUGAAGCUCCGGCCGUGGGAGGGGUCCGGCGUGCGCUCGGCCAAAAGCGAGGUCUCGCUCAUCGACUUCACUGAUGACAGCUUCAGCUCGACCACGCCCUCGCCGCUCACUGAGACGCGGCAGCCAGAUGAGGACACACUGAGGGACACUCCAUCCAUCCUGGACUGGCCUCUCCCUCAGCCAGCUUACGACGAGGUUACUACUGACCUAGACGACCAAUCAGAGGACCAGGAGGUGCGGUCUAUCAACAGGGGAUUGAACGAUGAGACGACCACGCCCAGCGCCGGCAUGGCAUGCAGGAGUGAGUCGCAGUCAGCUGACCUCUUCCAAGAACUGCAGCGAGAGGUGAUGGUGAAGCUGCAGGUUCCCAUGGCAACAGGCCGCUCCCUUCCCUCCUCUCCUCUCCCUAUGCCCCUUGCUCCUCUUGGCCCCCACCGACAGAUCUGCCUGCCUCCUCCCUCCCCUUCCUCCACCUCCACCUCCUCCUUCGCCUCCUGUUUCGAGGAUCGACCGGUGCUGCCUCCUCGCAGCCCCGUCCCCCCGCUGCGUCCUUCCAAACACAACCCCUCCUCCCGCACCACCCACCCGCAGGCGCGCUCCAGCUCCAUCUCCCUGGGCGACCAGGAAGACACGCCUCCUCAGAUCCCACCCAGAGACCACGCCUUCUCUCAGCCUGGCUCCCGCUCCUCGUCUCCCCUCCCGCUGGUGCCGCCGCUAUCCUCCUCCCCUGUGGCCCUGCCUCCUCCUCCCCUCUCUGUCUCCCCACGGCGGGCGUCCGGACUCCUUGGUCCCCUUCUGUCCUCCAACUCGUCUGUGUCCUCCCUGCCUCAAGUCACAUCACAUUCCUCACGGCUCACAGCUCGAGGUUCCUCCUACUCAUCCAGCUCCUUACUGGAUCCUCUCGCCUUCCGUGAGGGGCGCGGCCUUUCCUCGCUGAUGGACGGCUCCCAGAGCGCUGCUCCCGCCCCACUGCCAGACCGACCUGCUUUUCUAGAAAGAUACGGAGCAGCUAAUAUGGCAGCAGUGAAACCCAUGAUCCAGCAGCCCGGCGGAGCCAAACCAAACUCCUCCUACAACAACAACAAUGGGCGAACUGCAGCUCCCAGCAUGCAACAGGAGCAAAGCGUCACACAGGUCCAAGGAGCAGUACACGGUGUCACGCUGGAGGAGUGUCAGGCAGCUCUGCAGGGUCACAAUUGGAGCAUUCCUCAGGCCAUAAAUCAUUUGAAGGUGGAGCAGUUGUUUCGUCUGGGCCUGCGGUCGAGAGCCGAGUGCGAGGAGCUUCUGCAGCGCUGCCAGUGGAACCUGGAAGAGUCCAGCACUCUCAUGCUGGACACAUAUGGACCACAUCGAAACAUGAAGUAAAGGUGGGGGGACAUUAACUACUGCAGAGCUCCUGACUUUGGAUCAACAGGCCAAUACAGACCUGCUUGGAUGACUCAUCGCUCCAAGGACCCAGAUACAGUGAUGCUUUUUAAUGAAUGGAGGAACAUAAAGCAGUAUAUAUGUGCCUCACUUUACGAAAUGUGAAUACCUAUUCAUACCAGUGUCAUCAUUAGCUUAAGGAUCAGCUUGUUGAAUGAGUCACACUAUUUACUUGAACAAUUGCUAUUUAUGUUUUUUUUAUUAUUAUAUGAAUAAUGAGAAUUUAUGUUUUCUGCUGGUAGCUACUGCAAACUUUUACUGAGACUAAUUUAGCUGUGAAUGCGUGCAUGUUCAGACGUGUGCACGCAUUGGCUUACGUUUCUGUACACUGUAAAUGCCCAUGCCUUGUUGCUGUUAAUGAAGUGAUAUAAAAUCAGGGAAAUGUCAGCUGACGUUUUAGUUGUGCUUGUAUGUUUUUAUGAAAAUGUACAGAUAAGAUGCUGUAUUGUAUAUAGCACUUUAAUGGGUGUGUCGACACACAAGCGGAUAUUUUUGAGGAUACAUUAACUGCUGGUCAGACGAUAAUAAACAGUUUAUCUAGAUCUAGAGAAGUGAAUAAGAUACUGAUAUAAGCUAAUAUCAGGUAUUAUUAAUGUAUCAUUUUUGUCUUAAACAAAGCUUUUUAAGCUUUAUAAUGGCGUGAAUUGUGAAAGGGUUGAUGGAUUGAGAUUUUUAGUUUUGUCUUAUUGUAGGCAAUAAGAUGCCAAAACGUAAAUGUGAAAAUAUUGAUCAUCUCCUUAUGAAUACAGGGUAUUAAGGCACUGAGUUCCACAAAUUAGAUAUUUAAUGAACCUAAAAUGGAUGUUUAGUAUUUGUUCCUAUGAAAAUUACUGCUGCAUGAUAAUCAUAAACACUAAUCACCUGAGAAAGUAGGCAACUGCUAUGUGCAAGCGUGUGCAUGUGUGCUUAAAGCAGCAGCUAGUGGUCCUCGAGAACUUCAUAGUGUGUGUGUGUGUGUGCGCAGAUAUUGAUCAUAAAUGUGAUCACCUACUGUAUGGUUAAUUAUAAGCAGCUAAACAGAGAUAGAAAUGGGUAAUACUUUGUAAAUUCUUGCAGCUACUUUGCAAAAUAAGGAGCCAUCAGUUACAGGUUGCUCUCUUCUUAAGGUUACAUAAGUCAGAAAAGUCAGUGAAUUCCCCAACAAGUGGGUAGAAAUGUUUAAAACACUCAUAUUUCUGUGUUUGUGUCGUGUGUGUGUGUGUGUGUGUGUGUGAAAUUGUUCCCUCUUAUGCUGAGCUGUAAGCUUCUGUAGUCACACUGCUGUCUGUGACGCUGACUGCAUUAUACAGUAACAUUAGAGCAGCUUAUUAAUGAAAAAUGCAAAGAUGGCCUCCACUGUUUUAUAAUAAAGUAGAAUUUGAGUCG